AUGGCAGAAGACUCCGAGUUAUGGGAUGUUAUUUGUGAUGGUCCAUACGUCCCAACAAAGAAGGUAGGAGAACCUGCUGUAAUGGUGCCAAAAACCAGGAAAGAGUACAAUGAUGCCGACAGAAAAGUUGUAGAGAAGAACUUUCGCGCCAAAAAGAUUUUGGUGUGUGUCUGCCAAGGGAUAUGGGAAGCUUUACAAAUGGCACAUGAAGGAACUACUCAAGUAAAGCAGUCCAAGAUCGAUAUGCUCACCACUGAGUAUGAGCUAUUUAGAAUGAAGGAUGAUGAAUCCAUUCAAGACAUGCAUACUCGAUUCACUUCCAUUAUAAAUGAGCUACACUCUCUUGGAGAAAUCAUUCCUAGGAACAAGCUCGUGAGGAAAGUUCUUAGCAUUUUACCUAGCUCCUGGGAAAGUAAGGUGAAUGCUAUCACUGAAGCCAAGGAUCUACACACAUUGACUAUGGACGAGCUAGUUGGGAAUCUGAAAACCUACGAGAUGAGGAAAAAGAAGGACAGUGAAAGAAGAUAA